CACGAUCAAUCUGCCUUCCAGCCAUCACUAUCAUUCAUUCAUACGUCGACCUAUCAAUCAUGUCUUGCUACAGGGGAAAGUACGCUGAUGAGCUUAUUAAGAACGCUGCAUACAUCGGCACUCCCGGCAAGGGUAUCCUCGCCGCCGACGAGUCCACCAGCACCAUCGGAAAGCGAUUCUCCGGCAUCAAUGUCGAGAACAACGAGGCCAACAGGAGAACUCUCCGAGAGCUUCUCUUCACAGCUCCCGGAGCUAUGCAGUACCUCAGCGGCGUCAUCCUCUUCGAGGAAACUCUCUACCAGAAAACCGCCGCAGGGAAGCCAUUUGUGGAUGUGAUGAAGGAAGGCGGAGCUCUGCCGGGAAUCAAGGUGGACAAGGGCGUGGUGGAGCUCCCCGGCACAAAUGGCGAAACGACGACGCAGGGGCUCGACGACCUCGGCCAGCGCUGCGCCGAGUACUACAAAGCCGGCGCGCGUUUCGCCAAGUGGCGCGCCGUCCUCAAGAUCGGCGCCAACGAGCCGUCCCCGCUAGCCAUCCACGAGAACGCCUACGGCUUGGCGCGCUACGCCAUGAUCUGCCAGGAGAACGGCCUCGUCCCCAUCGUCGAGCCGGAGAUCCUCGUCGACGGCCCCCACGACAUCGACCGCUGCGCCCACGUGACGGAGCGCGUGCUCGCCGCGUGCUACAAGGCGCUCAACGACCACCACGUCCUCCUCGAGGGGACGCUCCUCAAGCCGAACAUGGUCACCCCCGGCUCCGACGCCGGCGGCAAGAAGUUGGCGCCGGAGGUCAUCGCCGAGUACACUGUGCGCGCCCUCCAGCGCACGAUGCCGGCGGCCGUCCCGGCGGUGGUGUUCCUCUCCGGCGGGCAGUCGGAGGAGGAGGCGACGGUGAACCUGAACGCCAUGAAUAAGCUGAAGACGAAGAAGCCAUGGUCGCUGACAUUUUCGUACGGACGUGCCCUGCAGCAGAGCACGCUCAAGGCAUGGGCGGGGAAGGCCGACAACUUCCAGAAGGCGCAGAAGGUGUUUGUGGAGAGGUGCAAGGCGAACUCCGAGGCUACGCUCGGCACUUACCAGGGCGGCGCCGGCGCCGCCGAGGGGGCCUCCGAGAGCCUCCAUGUUAAGGACUACAAGUACUGAUUCGAUCAUUCAUUGAGAAUAUACGACGACCGACGAUUGGAUUUACCCGUACUACAAAGACAAAAUCGCCCCGACAGAAAAGCGUUUGAAAUUUAUUGCAUUUUAUGUUGAUUCAUACUCUCAAUAAUUCAAGCAUGUUUGUUUUAUGAAAUAGUUUGAUUCUUUGUUUUAUGAAAUAGUUUGAUUCAAUAUUUUUAUGGGUAUACAUUUCUAAAAAAUCAGGCUUCAAUCUGAUAGCAAAUAGAUUUUGGAUGGUUUGUGCUUUCAAUGCAA